AAACAGCGCAUAGCACAUACGCGUGUGUGUAUGUAUAUAUAUACGAGAAAUUCACUGUUUUAAAUCCUAACGAAAAGCCCUCUUUCUCACCCUCUUAUCGUAUCUUGGCUUUUCAAUUGAUUAAUAACGAAAAUUGUGUUCCAGCAAUGAAUAAUACGCAAUCAUUCAAGUAGAGUAGUUGUAGUAAUAGUUGGUAGCAGCAAAGAAGAUGUGCGUGGGGUCAGAUAACAAAGGGUGGAGCAGAGCCGGCGGUCUCGUAGUCAAGGCGCUGCUUCUAAUCGGCGGCGCUGUUCUCGUUAAACGCUUCACCAAGUCCACCACUCGCUGGGACCACGCUCGUCUCGUCGCUCAAUCCCUCUACGGCGAAAAGUUUUCCAAAGACCAGGCGUCUAGAGAUCCCGAUAAUUUCUUUAACUUGAGAUGGCUUUCGUGCCCUGCUGCAGAUAUGGUUGAUGGUUCUAAAGUCUUGUACUUCGAACAAGCUUUUUGGAGAACUCCUAGUAAACCUUUUAGGCAGAGAUUUGUAAUGGUGAAGCCUUGUCCAAAGGAGAUGAAAUGUGAUGUUGAGCUAAGUACGUAUGCCAUUCGAGAUGCAGAGGAGUAUAAAAACUUCUGUGAUCGGCCGAAGGACCAGAGGCCACAGCCUGAAGAAGUCAUUGGGGACAUUGCAGAACAUUUGACCACUAUACAUCUGAAACGAUGCGAUCGAGGGAAACCCUGCUUAUAUGAAGGCUCCACGCCACCAGAUGGGUUCCCCAAUUCAUGGAAUGGGGCAGCAUAUUGCACAUCAGAACUUGCAGUCUUGAGAAACAAUGAAAUACAUUCAUGGGACCGGGGUUAUGAUGAUGAAGGAAAUCAAGUUUGGGGAGUUAAAGGAGGUCCUUAUGAGUUCCGGCCUGUACCUGCCUCUAGUUUUGUUGGCAUGUUCUCUCCUUUAAAUUUCAAUACCCAGGCUAUGGAGAAAAGGAUCGAGGGUUCUUUUGUCCUACAAGAAUGAUAAGCUGUAUCUGAAAAUAGAAUGUAAAAAUGGUACUCCAAUUCUUUUUGGAAUAAAUGUAUGUUAAUCUGUAACUUGUAAGUGUAAAUUUGAGGUUAAUCUGCAGUCCGAUUUUAGCAGCAAGCUUGUAAAGAUUGUCGGUGAGUACAUAGUUGGAGCUGGCAAUUUGGCAGGCAUGGAAUGAUAUUCAUUUAUAUCA